AUCAAUCAAAACAAAAGCAGCGUCCAUAAGCGAAAAUUAAGGCGGAAAAGUAGUUGCAGCAAUACAAAGUUUAAAGGGUUUAAAGAAACCGAUCUUUAAUAAAUCAGUGUUAAUUAGAUUGAACAUUUAAGUGAGAUGUGUGGCCGAACCUGUUUAACGCUCGAGCCGAAGGAAAUUCAAUGCUGUUGCAAGUACAUUAAACCACAGACAAGCAAUGAUGAAAAGUCUAAUAAAUUCAAAAUUCCCGAAUAUCGCAACGAGUUCAAUUGCGGUCGCAAAUAUCAGCCCUCUUAUAAUCUGGCACCCACGGACAUCAGCCCGGUUCUUGUGUCAGCUGCUCACUUCAACGAUUUGAAGGAUAGCAGCGAGCGCACCUUGGUGCCAAUGAUGUGGAGUUUAGUUCCACGUUGGCACAAAGGAGACUAUCGGAAGCAUGGCCUCACCACCAACAAUUGCCGACUAGAAGGGCUAGCUAUGUCCAAACUUUAUAAUCCGUUACUGCAGGCUGGUCAACGGUGUGUGAUUCUUUGCGAGGGAUUUUAUGAAUGGCAAACCACCAAAGCACUGAAAGCUUCCGAAAGACCGGCCUUUUUCAUACAUAUGCCACAAGCAGACGGCGUUCGAAUGGAAAAUAAGGAUACGUGGGAUUUAAAGAAUUCCGGAAUAAAAUUGUUGAAGAUGGCCGGAUUAUUCGAUGUCUGGGAAGAUGAAAACGGUGAUAAGCUCUAUAGCUACACGGUGAUCACGUUUGAGUCUAAUGAAAAGUUUUCUAAAAUCCAUCAUCGUAUACCGGCUAUUUUGGAGAAUGAAGAAGAAGUAAAUGCUUGGUUGGACUUCAAACGUGUACCUUCGAAUCGCGCUCUUAACAUGUUAAAACCUUCUGAACGGAUUCAAUGGUACGGCGUAUCGAAUCUAGUGAACAAUUCACGCAACAAGUCAGAGCAAUGCAAUAAACCGUUUGAAAUUGGAGAAACAAAACCCAAGGGACUAGGGACGCCAAAGAGCAAACUUAUGCAAACAUGGUUAAUAACCCAAAAGAGGACAAACGAUGAACCGGCAGACCGUGAGCAAGAUGGCGCUUCAGACAGCAAGAAACUGAAAACAGAAAAUGAGGAUCGAAGUUCCUAGAAUUUAAGACAAGGCAGUCUUUCGUUGUUAAUAAACUGUUGAAUUGAUUUACUCUUGAACCAUUUCCUCAUGGUUUAUUUCACUUUGACUUUCACCAUCACUUUGUAGUCGUUUGCGAGAUAUAAAAAGCAGCUUCAAAUGCUGAAUAGACUGCGCAUUCCCAUCCCAUUGUUGGAACUGGCUAAACUCUUUUGCGUCACAAAGAUUUGGUAGCUCGAUGCCACCUCCGUUGAAAUCGUUGACUUCUUUUUCCAAGGUAAUUUUUAUGGAAGCUUGUCUAGAAGCAUGUUGGUUUAUCCGUUGUUUGUUAAUCGAUUGUACUAGUUUGAUUUGCUCUAGUUCUUCGUCGAAUCUUGAUAGAUAUCUGGAAUGAAAAAUUAAUAGCAAUUUUUAUACUUAAAAACAUUACAUUUUGAAACAUGAAUAGUGUUCUCCACAAUCAUUAUCACUUUUCUAUGACAAAAAGGGUUGAUACCGUUUACUUACUCAUUUAUCAGACUUUCGAAUUCUUUUGGUGUCAGCGGCUCGGUGCGAUCUUCCAAGUGUUCGGAGAACCAAGCCAGUUUCUUACCGACGAUGUUUGCUUUUACUGCAUGUCCUAUUUUUUUCUUCUCACGUUUGUCGAUUCUGUAUCAAUUGAAUGCUUAAUUAGAUAAGUAUAGUAAACAAUUUUAAUUGGCUAUGUACAAACUUUUUCAUUUUACGCGCCAGUGCU